CUUGCGGUCGUGACCUGCAAGCUGUCGAGUAUGAUCGGCUGGAAGCAGCUGGUGGUUCCCUUGCAGGACAUCAUCACGCAGGGCCAGUGCCUGUUCGGCCAGUAAAUCCGCUGUCGGCCGAAGCGGUCCGGUGUGUUCAACCGGAAGAUAGGCCUGAGUGCGAGCGCCCGCGACCUCUUCAAGGUGGACAUCACGAGGGGCAAGGUAGUGUCCUUAUUUGCCAUCGCCGGCGGCCUCUCGGUCCACUGCGUCCGUCAGGGCCACCGCGACUAUCUGCCAAAGCUGGUGGAGGGCGUAUUGGACGUGAUCGAGGACGAACUCGUCGCAUGGAUCUCCGAAAACGGCGGCGGCUGGAUCGGUUUGGCGAACAGGUUGAGGUCACCGCAGGAACAGAUCACCUUCACGGGCCGCUGCCUGGUGGGGGCCAGCUGUGUGAUUGGGCUGUUCAUUGUAGUGGUUCUUCUUAAGACCCUCUGUCUGCUUUUAUUUCCAAACAUUAUCUCGUAA